UGAAAACCCUCACUACUAUUACCAAAAAACAAUAUAAGCCAAGAGUGUUUGUCAUUUUUCUUUUUGAACCCCAUGGCUCGAUUUUCGUUCUUGAAUGUUUUAAAGGAUGUUGUGGCUAUUCUAAAUGAAUCACGCAAACUGUUUCUCAAGAACAAGAAGUUGAUGUUCUCAGUCUUGGUAUUCCCUCUCUUACUAAAUUGUUUAGUUUACUUCUUUAACAUCUUUGUCAUCGUACCGGAGAUCACAAACUUGAUCCUUGAAUCAAGUUUGUUGCCUACGACAGAUCCAACCUCACCGGAAUACGCAGCCCGUCUUAUGAGAGUCUUUGCAGAUUUUCGUCAAUUUGUGGGUCAUUCAUACAUUUUCACGGCCGUCUCCUCCAUCAUCAACCUCUUUUCUGUUCUAGUCAUCGUCCACGCAUCGGCUCUUACUUUUAAAGAUGAAAAAUUCAAGAUCAAAGAUUUUCCUGUUAUGAGCCUUAAAUCUUGGAAGGGACCUCUUGUGACGUAUUUCUACAUUGCUCUUUUUAGUCUUGGUUUUGGGUUCCUCUUCUUUAUAAUCCUCUGUCCUCUCCUUUUGUUCUCUAUAAAAUUCGGUUCCGUGGAAAAUAUCGGUUUCUUGGCAGUCGAGGCUGGUGCUUUAUUGAUUAUAUUCGCGGUCUCUCAGUCCUAUUUCGCUAUCUAUUGGAACUUAUCUAUGGUCAUAUCGAUACUAGAGGAAACUUAUGGGUUCCAAGCUUUGGGGAAAGCUGCAAAGAUUGUUAAAGGGAUGAAGACAAAACUGUUUCUCUUGAAUCUUUUCUUUGGUUUAUUGGCAUUCGGAUUAGCUCAAAUCAUGCAGCUGAUCAAUUUGGGAAGAUCGUUCUCUGUUACCUUAACCACCGGUUUGGUCCUUGUGUGUUUGGUCUAUGCAGUGAGGAUGUUUCAGCUUGUGACUUACACCGUUGCAUAUUUCCAAUGUAAGAGUCUCCAAGGCAAAGACGUUGAGUCGCUCAGGGAUGUGGAAUAUAUGGCAUUGUCUUCCACUCCUCUCAUGGGAUGAUUGCCUUGAUAUUUCAAGAGAAGAUAUUUAAUCGGUGGAUUGUUUGUUUGUAUAUGUUGAAGUUCACCAUGGAUUUGGUAAAAUGUUUUGAAUAAUCAAAAGUUUGGUUAAAU